UGUGUGUGUGUGUGAUUUGUGUGUGUGUUCGCCUCGCGGUAUCGUCGGUGACAUUCAGGGUGAGCUCUUCUCCCAAAGAUGUCUGACGCUGGAACCCCCCCUCCCCGCUCGGGGCCUGUGCAAUUUUUGUUGAGUAACAAGCUUGAGACUGCAAUGUGGCUGUCGCGACUCGUCACAGUCUAUUGCUCCGUCAUGUUCAUCCUACCGUUCUUGGGACCCCACGCAGCAGCCAACUUUUACCAGCGCGCCCUGUUGGCCAAUGCUCUCACUAGUGCCCUACGGCUGCACCAGAGGCUUCCCCACUUCCAGCUGAGUAGAGCUUUCCUAACCCAGGCUCUGCAGGAGGACAGCUGUCAUUAUCUGCUUUAUUCCCUCAUCCUGGUCAACUCCUACCCCAUCACAAUGAGCAUCUUUCCUGUCUUCCUCUUCUCUUUGCUUCAUGCAACCACCUACACAAAGAAGGUCCUUGAUUCUGUGGGUCCCAACAGCCUGCCUUUCAUCAGAAACUUCCUGGAAAAACUCACGUCCAAUCAGCAGAACAUCCUGAAGUUCAUUGCUUGUAAUGAGAUCUUCCUGAUGCCAGCCACCCUUUUCAUGCUGUUCAGUGGCCAGGGAAGUCUUCUUCAGCCAUUUAUUUACUAUCGAUUCCUCACUCUCCGCUAUGCUUCUAGAAGAAACCCAUAUUGCCGCACCUUGUUCACAGAGCUGCGGAUUCUUUUAGAGCACUUCAUCAUGAAGCCCACCUGCCCCGCCUUCUUCAGGAGGAUGUGCCUCAGCAGCAUCGCCUUCAUCAGCCGCCUGGCGCCCACGGGCGUCUGACUCCACGCCUCCUCCCAAAACUCCCAUUUGGUUUGGUUUCCUCCUCUUUGCAUUUCUCACUGUGAGGGUUUUUGUUUUUGUUUUUUUAGGGGUGGGGGGACUUCAACAGGAGGAGCUGUUUUUUGAAUGUGAAAAUCACAGCUUGUGCUCCUGCUUUUCUCUUUGACGGUAGAGGACCAGUCUGAGAUGCACUAAGACUACUACGAUGCUGUUUUGUUCUACUUUAACAGUCAGACAUACCCCCUCAUCACCCAACACACACACACACACAAGCACUCUUCAGUUCAUUGAGAGGAGGACUCGGUGGCGAGGAUUGACCCCAUGCUACCAUGGUGUCUGGUCUUUUCUUUGUGUGACCUUAUUUAUUCAUUGACAAGAAAAUCGCUUACCUUAUCACAAAAAUAACUUUCUGAGAUUAGUAAUAUAAAUAAAAUGUUCUAUACAUAGUUACGGAUAUUCUUUUUUUUAUAUGUGCUUUUUCAAAGCAACAUAGAUGGAAGAUGGGUUUUGUGUGUCGUUUCUACAUAACACCCAUUCCUUUUUUUUAUGUGUGAAGCGUUGGACAUUAUGAUUUGUCUUAACCUUUGUUUUUAAAUCCAAACAUGUUGUAUGUCAGGAGCGGCUAGCCAUGUGCCGUGGAGAGCCGUGUGUGUGCAGGCUUUCACUACAGUCAUUUAGCCGACGCUUUUAUCCAAAAGCGACUUACAAUAAUUACGUCACAUUACAAUCAUUUAGCCGACGCUUUUGCUGGUGGCCCCGGGCUCCCCCUCCGGAGCACCAUAUCGAUACAGUCCAGCUGGACUCCACACCAGGUGAUUUCACCGAUGAGCAACACUUCAGCCAAAGAGGACGGCUGUGUCGGUGAAAUGAUCUGGUGUGGAGUCAGGUGGGAACGACAACCUGCACACACAUGGCUCUCCAGGGCACAUGGCUAGCCACCCCUGUUAUAUGCCAUUAACUCGUUUCUUAAAAAAAACAGAAAUUGGUAGGUUUUUUUUUUUAAUGUUUUUGUCACAGUGGCUGAAGAAUUGAGAAACAAGAUUCUCUGCUGUAUUUUAAAGAUGAUGUUCAUGCACAAGGUGUUUCACUGUAGGGUUUAUAGUUGAAGUGAAUUGCGUAAUGCAAUUGCAGUAAGUAGGAAAUGGUGCUGCUUUCAAUUGCAUUGCUGCAUCCUGUUCUUGUCGUUUUCAUAUUUGGAAAACAUCUUUAAUUUGCAUCCAAUUCAGCUAAAUUGUGUCUUGGUAGUUUUACAGUCUCCUGCAUGUCUUGAUUUCUGCCAUGUUAAAUGUAUUAUUUGCCUAGAAAAUCAUUUGUUGAACAAAAAUGAAAUGAUCCCUUAAUUAAACCAAUAAAAUACUGAAGAAAACAAUUUAUGGCCAUGUAUGCUGAGACAUUUUUGAGAUUUCCCAUCUUGGGUUUGCUGUUAACCCUUUUAAUCUGGUUUUAACUAUGCAAAAGCAUUAAAUAACUGCAAGUAACUUUUGAACAAAGCGUGCCAAAACUGUUCCAUUUGAAGUGUUUCACCACGAAGCAGCGCUUGCCCCUAAGAGCGACGUAGUUUACGUUGUAAUCAACCUAAAUCAUGAUGACGAUGAAACGACUUCAAAAUAACCAAAUCCAGAGAAAUUACUUGAAAGAAAGCCAGCUGGGGAAAGACCCCCACAUUAAACAAUAUUCACUUCUGUGGUCAAAGGAAAACAAAGCAAGACGUUAUGGUGAAUCUUGAACUCAUGUCUUCAGGUAUCCUUCUAAAAUUCCAGCAGAAGAAUAUUCGGGUCCCAGUGCGAGGAACCUUACUAAAGUCCAUGACGGAAUUAAAAAUGACCCUUCUUCAAAAUAAAAUUUGUUUCUACAGGAAAAUGUUGGGUUUUCAUUGGUAUUAUGACGCUUUUUUUAUGAUUAUUCAAAGUAAAGAUUAU